UUCCGGUAUAAACAUUUCUAUUUUGUUUUUUUAGGAAACGCAGUUAAUAAAUGAGCAGACAUAAGAAGUCCAGAGAGUUCAACAAGUUAAAAUGCCUACUGAACCUGAAGCCAGACAAGAGUAUGCUGUGUGGGGCAGAUCAAUUGUAAAGAAUUACGGAAGUGGAAAGAGGAAAUUUCCAGUACUCCAGAACUUGGAUAUUACAGUUCAGCGUGGAUGCAUAUAUGGCUUGCUAGGUCCAAGUGGCUGUGGUAAAACUACAUUACUACGAUGCAUUCUGGGUAAAUUACAUUUGGAUGGAGGUCAUAUGGUUGUCCUUGGCAACAGACCUGGUGCACCAGGACAUGGUGUUCCAGGAAGUCUUGUUGGCUACAUGCCACAGGAGACAGCAUUAUUUAAUGACUUGACUAUUGGUGAAACAUUGAAGUACUUUGGGUAUAUUCAUGGUAUGUGUAAAGUACAUAUACAGAAAAGAACUGAAUUUCUACUGAAUUUCUUAUCAUUGCCAGAACAGAACAGACUUAUCAAUACUUUGAGUGGUGGCCAGAUGAGAAGAGUAUCAUUUGCAGUUGCUUUACUUCAGGAACCAGAACUACUUAUUUUAGAUGAACCCACUGUGGGUGUUGACCCACUUCUAAGAGAAAGAAUAUGGGAACAUUUGAUCAAUAUUUCCAAAGAUAGUGAACAUGAAACUACAAUAAUUAUAACAACACAUUACAUCGAGGAGGCACGACAAGCAAAUAUGGUUGGGUUAAUGAGAAAUGGUAAAUUAUUGGCAGAGGAUAAUCCACAGAAGCUGGUUGAAACUUUUAAAAUCAAUAGUCUAGAGACUGUAUUUUUAAAAUUGUGUCAUGAUGAUCAACCAGAGGAAGAAAUAUUAAACUGUAACUUUUCAAGAAAUGCAAUAUUAGAAAGCCAGAAGAGAAGAAUAUCAGCUGAUAAGCGUUCUGUUGUGAACGAGGCAACUCCAUUAAUUGGUGUCAGUGGUAAUACAGAUGACUAUGAUAUGAUGCCUCCCAAUACUCAGGUGUUUGACUGUCGUUGUGGUUGUCCAUCAAUGAAAAAUAUAUUUGCUCAAACAGUGAAAAAUCUGACAUUAAUGAAGAGAAAUAUAGGAUUUCUGUUGUUCCAGUUUAUCUUGCCCUCCAUACAGAUUAUCCUGUUUUGUAUAUGUAUUGGAAGAAAGCCGUAUGACCUUACUAUGUCGGUGGUCAAUGCUGAAUCAGAAGUCAUAAGAUUCAGUGAUAUGUUUUUAGACUGUUUAGAUUCCCCUGCAAUUCACAAUGUAUCCUAUAAAGAUCUGCCGUCAGCAUUAGAGUCAGUGAGAGAAGGAAAGAGUUGGGGAGUAAUCAGUAUCGGUAAAAACUUCUCACAAGACUUACUUCAAAGAUUUACAAAUACUAAAAAUAUAUCUAACUCAACUAUAGAAGGAAGUGAAAUAAAGUUAUAUUUAGAUAUGACAAAUCAACAGAUAGCAUUAACAAUACAACAGUCAGUCAUGUUAAGCUAUGAGAAGUUUACCACUAUAUUACUGAAAAUGUUUAACAUGAACCCAUCACUUGGACAGUUACCUAUAGUUCUUGCAGAACCAGUGUUUGGUACAAAUGACCCAAGCUUCACUAAUUUUAUGGCUCCUGGAAUUAUACUCAGCAUUACAUUUUUCAUGGCUACAGGUCUGACUACAUUAGUAUUUGUAACUGAGAAAAAGGAAGGAUUACUUGACAGAUGUAUGGUGGCAGGUGUAUCAGCAUUUGAGAUAAUGUUAGCCCAUGUGUUUACGCAGCUUAUUGUUAUGGUAGUACAAGUUGGUUUGUUACUGGUAUUUGCCCUUGUUGUUUUUAAGGUUCCGUAUGAAGGACCAUUAAUAUGGGUGAUACUACUUGUGUUAGGUACAGGGUUUUGUGGAAUGACGUUAGGUGCCAUUUUUUCAGCAGUAUGUGACAAUGAAACAUCAGCCAUACAGUUAGCUUUAGGUUCUGUUUAUCCAAUGUUGUUACUUAGUGGUAUAAUAUGGCCAUUAGAAGCUAUACCAGAAUGGAUGAGAUACAUAUCAAUGUGUUUACCCAUGACCUAUGGAUCACAAGCAAUGAGGUCCAUUCUCAGUAGAGGCUGGGAUAUAACCUUCAUGGAAGUAUGGAGAGGUUAUCUAGUAACUUUUGGAUGGAGUUGUGGACUAUUGGCCAUUGCUGGAUUUAUACUCCGUAUACGACAGUGAUAACAUGAAGUAGUUUACAGAGUCUGUGAUCUCUUGGAACAAUAUUGAUAUUUGUUUACCUUUAUGUCUUUCAAUAACAUAUUGUAAUGAAGAUUUUAAAUUUGUAAAUUGAGUCCAGUGUUAACUCUAUACAUUAAGCUCACCUGGCUAAAUUGUCCGGAAUCAGCUGUUAAGGUGUAACACCACUAAUUCGGGCCCGUCAAGAAAGCACAUACCAGAAAGUAGUACAUAUUUAACACAAA